AUGGCUAUGACACCACAAACCUCGGACUCCUCCCUGUCGGGGGGACCCAUUCGAUCCAUGCAGGAGCCGAUCGCAGUCGUUAGCAUGGCAUGUCGAUUACCGGGACACAGCGAUUCCCCGCAGAAGUUAUGGGAAUUCCUGGUGCAAGGAGGUGUGGCACACACCAAGGUCCCAGAAACACGAUUUAACCUGGACGCCUUCUAUGAUGGGUCUGAUCGACCGAAGACAAUGCGCUCUCCCGGCGCCAUGUUUAUGGAAACUGUCGAUCCAGCGAAGUUUGAUGCAUCAUUCUUUAACAUUUCAGCGCAGGAGGCAACGGCCAUGGAUCCUCAACAACGGAUCAUACUGGAGGUUAUCUAUGAAGCAUUGGAGAAUGCCGGCCUCACACUGGAGUCGCUAGCGGGUCAAAGGUAUGGCUGCUUCGUCGGAGGUCACCCUGGAGACUACUGGGACGUGUUCGCACGGGAUCCAGACUCCAGACCAGUCAAUGCGGGCAUUGGUGGCUCCGGCACAAUGUUGAGCAAUCGCGUUAGUCACUUCCUGGGUAUUACAGGCCCUAGCAUGUCCCUUGAUACCGCAUGCUCCAGCUCCUUGGUAGCGCUAGACAUGGCAUGCAAAUUCCUUCAAACCGGCGAGAUUGACGGAGCCGUCAUCGCGGCAUCCAAUCUGGUCCUGCACCCCGAAUAUGGCUGUGAUACUGGACCGAUCAGAAACACCCACUCGCCAACCGGACGCUGCCACACAUUUGAUGCCAAGGCAGACGGGUAUAUAAAGGCCGAAGGAAUCAAUGCAGUGAUUUUGAAACGGCUUGAUGAUGCCGUACGAGCUGGAGACCCAAUCCGAGCGGUAAUUCGAGGGACCGCGAAUAACCAUAGCGGUCGCACCCCAGGUAUUGCGUCUCCCAGCGCUGAUGCCCAGGCCGCUGCGGUGCGCACUGCAUAUGAGAAUGCCAACAUCACUGACUUUUCUCUCACAUCGUACCUCGAAUGCCAUGGAACUGGUACAUUGGCUGGAGACCCAGUUGAGGUGGCUGGCGUCUCCUCGGUCUUUGCAGAGUCCCGGGCGCAUGAUAGACCACUGCACAUUGGAUCGAUCAAAAGUAAUAUCGGGCAUUCGGAGACUGCUGCGGGAAAUCCGACUUUCGAAACGCCUAACCCCAACAUCGACUUCAGCGGGCUGAAGGUGAAGGUUAGUCGCAGUGCCAUCCCUUUCCCCAAGGACGUCCCGUUUCGACGUGUAGGGGUGAACAACUUUGGAUUUGGUGGCAGCAACUCUCACGCAAUCUUGGAGGAGCCGCGAGUUGUUCAGUUGGAUUACUGCCCAACGCACAAAACAUCCUACACACCUCCUAGUCCGGACUGUGCUGUGAUCGAAGCUGCUGCCAAGCAACCAUAUAUUCUAUGCUUCUCGGCAAACAACCAGAGCUCCCUCAAACGUUACAUUGAGGAGUUCUCUCAGCAUUGCGCCAGCCCGAGCGUACACCUGAACGUCCGAGAUGUGGCCUACACACUCGGUGUACGCAGAAGCCAGCACUUCCACAGAGGCUACCUCAUCACCGAUAAUCUCACACACAUCGACCCGACAAGGGUAGUCUAUGGCAAAAAGAGUGUCAAUGCCGUGAAUGUUGGGUUUGUUUUUACCGGUCAAGGAGCACAAUGGCCGCAGAUGGGCUUAGAGCUACUGGCAUCAUUUCCGGUGGCCAGGAGGUGUGUGGAAAAGCUGGACAAGGUCUUGCAUCGUCUGCCCAACAAGCCGACGUGGUCAUUAUAUGACGAAUUGACCAGGCCAUGUAGCCCUGAGCAUAUUCGAAAUCCGGAGCUGAGCCAGCCACUGGUCACUGCGUUGCAGAUAGCAAUGGUCGAACUCUUCCGCAGUUGGGGGAUCUCGCCAACCAGUGUUCUUGGCCAUUCCUCGGGCGAGAUUGCGGCUGCGUACGCGGCUGGCUACCUCACCGAUGCUGAAGCGAUCGUUGUCGCAUACCAUCGUGGCAUGGCGUCUCAGACGGGGAAACCAAACGACACCCUGCCUCUCGGGAUGCUCGCGGUGGGGUUGGGUGCAGAGCAGGUCUCGCCAUACCUGGAUGGGUUGGAAGGGGUCCAGAUUGCCUGUUACAAUAGCCCUGCAAGCGUGACCUUAUCUGGGCUUUCCUCGGUGCUCGAGCAAGUGAAAGUCAGACUCACGGACGGUGGAGUGUUUGCUCGCAUGCUCCAAGUCGACCUGGCGUACCAUUCCACAUAUAUGGAGACAAUUGGUGACAUGUAUGAGCAUCUGCUCAACCGGGACCUCCCAUCAAUCGCGCAGGAAUCCCCACGGUCUGGCGACGUCGCAAUGUUUUCCUCGGUCACUGGAUCCCAGCAAGAGGUCUGUCCGGGCAUUAAAUACUGGAAGAGGAAUAUGACUUCUCCUGUUCGCUUCGAGGAUGCGGCUCGUGCUAUGUUAGGUGGAAAGUCGUCGGCCACUUUGUUGGUUGAGAUAGGGCCUCAUGGUGCGCUUAAAGGACCCAUCACACAGAUUCAAAGGGCCCUCGAGGGGACAGCAGCCAAAAUUCCGUAUCUUUCAGCACUGAAUCGAGGCUCCGACUCAAUUCAUCACACGCUCGCAGUCGCCGGCCAACUCUUUCUGGCGGGUGCUCCCGUUGACCUUGAGAAGGUGAUUUCAGACAGCAAAGAAACCCGUCCCAUGGUGAUCGUGGACCUGCCAAACUACUCUUGGGACCAUUCCACACCCUACUGGUUCGAGACACAAGCUAGCAAGGACUGGAGGUUUCGCCCAUUUGUUCAUCAUGACUUGCUGGGAAGUAAAAUCCUCGGCACAUCGUGGCUCCAUCCCACAUUUAAGAAAACCAUGGAUCUCAGUCUUCUCCCGUGGUUGAAGGAUCAUCGAAUCGGGACCGACGUCGUAUUCCCUGCAUCAGGAUACAUCGCAAUGGCAGUCGAGGCAAUGUACCAGACCGGAUGCAUGCGUAAACCAAACGAUCCAUUCCCACUCUCCAACGAGCUAAGCUACCAAUUGCGCAAUGUCCGAUUCAAUGCAGCGCUUGUUUUGGAAGAAGAGGUGGAGAGCGAGAUCUAUCUGACAAUGAGCCCAUUCCCGGGAAGCAAUGAGAACUGGUUUGAGUUCCUAAUAUCUUCUCGUAGGGAUGGUGCCAUUACAAAACAUGCAGCUGGAUUGAUCCGGCUCCAAGAGCCUGUCCUUGACCCGGCUGAUGAGAAAGAUAUUGCACCAUUCGAGGAUGCCUCUCCCGGGCACUUAUGGACAAAGGCUUGCGCUGAGCUUGGAUACCAUUAUGGUCCCGCAUUCCACCUGUUGGAGAAAGUGGAAUCGCGUUUUGGGCAGCGACGGGCUCGCUCGUUAAUCACACUAGCAGACCCUCCUUCAGCUCAUGAUCCUCAGUCUUUGUAUCCCGUUCAUCCCGCUGCGCUGGACGGUGUAUUUCGGGCCGUUGUACCUGCAGCGAUCGCUGGAGACCGCAGCAGAAUGGCUGAGACCCUAAUUCCCGCCAUGGUGGAUGAUUUUAUUAUAAACCCCACUCAUCGGCCAGACGCAGGCAUCGCCGUUGCUUCCAGCUAUUACUCUGGGCGCGGGAGAGAAGAUACGGAGAAGAGCUAUCUUGGAAAUACUUCCGUAUAUGAUUCAACUAGUGGCGCUCUACUGGUUCGAAUGACCGGAUUAUCGAGUCAUAGGAUUGAUCUAGGAAUUGAUCCGGUAAAUCGACAUACCCUCACCCAGGAUGUCCUGAAGCCGGAUAUUUCCACGCUGAACGAGAAGGCCAUCCAGGAGCUUGGACGAGGGCACACGAACCUCACUCCAGUGCUUCUGGAUUUAAUGAUGCAUAAAAAGCCCUCCCUGAAUGUGCUUGAGAUUGAUUUGGGAACUCGGGAACCCAGUAGCGUCUGGCUUGAAUCCCUGGAAACGGGCGCUGAGUUGCAAUGCCAAUACCGUUAUCUGGCCCGCGAUGCCACAAAUCUUUCUGCUGUGGAAUCGAAGUACCGCGAUCAAGCCAAUACCUCCUUCCAGCUUCUGGAUCUAGAAAGUAGCCACUUGGGUGUGGAGAAUCAGGAAAGCUUUGACUUGAUCAUACUCAAGGCCGUCUCGCCGUUGCCUCCCAGGUCAGUCGCCGUAGUGGGAGCGUUGAAAGACCUACUCGCACUUGAUGGUCAUAUACUGGCAACCGAUUACGCAGAGACGAGCCUUAAGCCGGAGUCAGAAUCCUCGUUGGUUCAUGUGGUUGAGAAUGUGACAUUCGCAAAGGUGCUCUCCAUUCCAUCCGAACCAUGGGCAACCUUUUUAUGCAGACCACGAGUACUUGCAGAUCGCGCUUCUGCAGUAGCGAAGCAGCUGCAUAUCAUCUACAUGGAAGAGAAUACUGUCCUACCGCGUAUAGUGGAACAAUAUUUGACAGCAGCAGGAUGGCAAGUGACCGAGCAUCAAUAUUUGACUGCAAAUGUCCCAGCCGGGGCGCCUGUCCUUAUUCUUGACGAGUUGUACUCGCCCCUUCUUGUCCACAUUAAUGAGGCACAAUGGCUGUGCCUGCGCCACCUCAUCACCAGCGGCUGUAAACUUCUCUGGGUCACUCGAGGCGGCCAACUGUCUGCCUCCGAGCCAGGUAGUGCCUUAGCUGCUGGGCUUUUCCGCUCAAUCCGAUCCGAGGAUCCCGCGGCAACACUAAUGACCUUGGAUAUGCAAAGUCAAGAUGUAUCAGCGGCGCUGGUUGCUCUUCCUCUGGUUCUUGAGAAACUCCAGAUGCGCCAAGCUGAUUUGGUGAGCGAUAGCGAGUAUGUGGAGAAAGACGGUAUCCUACACAUCCAUCGGGUUGUACCCUAUCAUCCUCUAAACCACGAGAUUAAAUCGUGGAAGGAGGGUUUUGUGCACACAUCACUGUCCACCGAUGGUCCUAUCACACGUCUAGUAGCUGAGGAACUCGGUACUCUAGAAGGCCUACGGUUCGUCCAAACUCCGGACGAGACCCUCCCUGACAAUCAUGUUGAAAUUGAGAUUCAGGCCGCUGGCCUAAAUUUCAAAGACGUUGCUGUUACGAUGGGCAUAGUACCCGAGAAUGAGCGUCUACUCGGCCUGGAGGGGUCAGGCAUCAUCCGUCGAGUUGGAUCUAACAUUGAUGAUAAAACUAUCAUCGGCACUCCUGUCGUCUUUAUGGAGAAGGGGGCCUUCGCCAACUGCAUCCAGGUCCCAAUUGAUUUCACACAUCGUAUCCCAAACACAAUGUCCUUCAGCGAGGCAGCUACAAUUCCAGUCGCCUUCUGUACGGCACUCUACUCCUUGUUUGAUAUGGCAGACCUGCAACCUGGACAGUCCGUCCUUAUUCAUUCUGCGUCUGGUGGUGUUGGAAUUGCUUGUAUUCAAUUAGCUCAGUAUGUCGGAGCGGAGGUCUACGUGACCGUCGGUAGUGAUGCAAAGCGUCGCUUCCUACAUGACACAUACAAGAUCCCGUAUGAACGCAUGUUCUCAUCCAGAUGCUCCAAGUUUGCCGCUGGGAUCAUGAAGGCCACCGAUGGGAAGGGAAUUGAUGUGAUCGUGAACUCGAUCACGGGAGACUUGCUCGAUGCCACAUGGAGAGUAUGUGCCGCGGGUGGGACUCUGGUUGAACUUGGCAAGAGAGAUAUGGUGGAACGUAAUACUCUAUCCAUGGAGCCUUUCGACCGGGGUUGUUCAUUCCGUGCUGUAGAUCUCUCCCAUCCACGACUGUUACGGAAAUUGCCUAGGUAUGUUCCUUUCGUUUGCAUUGACGGUCGCUAUACUUACCCCAGCAUCAGUAUCCUUCGCCGUGUCUUUGAUCUAGCAAGCAAAGGCCAUAUUCACCCUAUCAAUCCAGUGACAACCUUCCCCAUCACCCAGGCUGCAGAGGCCUUUUCUUAUAUGCGUAGUGGAAAGCACAUUGGAAAGGUUGUGAUUGACGGAAUGGCUGCCGCGGAAGGGAUGUCAGCACCGGUACGCCCUCUGCGCCAGGAUAUAACAUUCAAUGCCGGAUCUGCCUAUCUCAUUGUAGGUGGUCUCAAAGGUUUGUGUGGUAGCUUAGCCUUGCACCUGGCCCAGCGAGGUGCCCGCCAUUUAGUGGUGAUGUCUCGUAGCGGGUGUGCGGAUUCUCGCUCCCAAGCAGUCAUUUCCAAUUGUCACUCGCUUGGAUGCAAUGUAUAUGACUGCCGUGGUGAUGUGUCACGCAUCUCCGACGUGCGACAGGCUUUUCUCCAAGCCCCUGUCCCCAUCAAGGGUGUCGUACAGGGUGUGAUGCUCCUGCGUGACCGACCCUAUGAGUUGAUGACGAUCAACGAGUUUCACGAAUCUAUUCAGGGGAAGGUCCAAGGCACAUGGAACCUGCACAAUGUUUCUAUCGAAAUUGGCCGCGAACUAGAUUUCUUCCUCCUCCUUUCUAGCAUCUCCAGCGUGGUGGGGAGCCCAGGCCAAGCAAACUAUGCCGCUGCCAACAGUUUCCUUGACUCUUUCGCUAGUUAUCGACGCUCCAUGGGGCUUGCCGCCCAGACAAUUAACCUGGGUGUGAUAGAAGACGUUGGAGUUGUGGCAGAAUCAGAAGAUCUAACUCGGCGUCAUGAAGCAUCCAAGGAGUUGAUUGGCAUCCCUGAACGUGUGCUUCAUUGCAUGGUCGAUACUUCACUCCGGCAACAGUUUCUUCAGCAUACCCACCAGCCAAAUUCAGGGGCCUCAGAAUUCCCAACUCGACUCAUAACUGGACUCGCGGUGCCUCAAGACCCAGCUCAAUCUGGCCUCCGAUUUGAUCCUCGCUUCCGUGGACUGUUUGUCGGGAAUUCGAACUCUCAGGCCAAUGCAGGAAAGCCAACUGAUGAACUCGGUGCCGCACUCCAAUCGUUCCACGCGAUGAUUCGCGCUGGUGCCGCGGCCGACGAACUACACGAACCGUGUCUAAGCAUCCUCGCCACUCGGCUGGCGCGGAUGUUGCGCUAUAAUGAAAACCAACAGAUUGAGCCUGGGCAACCGCUUUCGGUCUAUGGGCUGGACUCGCUCUCCAUGGUGGAACUGCGGAAUUGGAUCAAGGCCCAGAUGGGGGCUGAGGUGACAACCUUUGAUGUCCUUAACGCCAAUAGUUUGAUCAUGUUAGCACAACGGGUCGUGAAUAAGUUACGCCGUGAAUAA